AUGGGUUGUUGUGCAAGUAGAAGCAAGGUUUCAGAAACCAAAAUGAAUGUUGUUAGAUCAGAGAAAAGAACCAGCAACAGUUCAAGCAACCCAGAAAAUUCUCAGCAACACGUUAGAAAUUAUCAGCAACAACCCCAGCAACAUCAGCAACAGAGGCAGCAGAUUGUUGUUCAACAACAAAAACCCAAUUCCCAAAUCAUUCAACAAGAACAAAGGUAUAUUAAUAAUAAUAGUAAUCAUCAACCCCAAAAACCUAGGAUUGCAAUUGCUGGCCCACCUUCAGAUACUAUUUUGGGAAAGCCUUUUGAAGAUAUUAGGUCACACUAUAAACUUGGGAAAGAAUUGGGUAGAGGUCAAUUUGGUAUUACUUAUUUGUGUACUGAGAAUUCAACUGGACAAACUUAUGCUUGUAAAUCAAUUUUGAAGAGGAAAUUAGUUACUAAGGCUGAUAAAGAGGAUAUUAAGAGGGAAAUUCAGAUAUUGCAGCAUUUAUCAGGGCAGCCUAAUAUUGUGGAAUUUAAAGGGGUUUAUGAAGAUAGACAAUCUGUACAUGUGGUGAUGGAGCUUUGUGCUGGAGGGGAGUUGUUUGAUAGGAUUAUUGCUCAGGGGCAUUACUCAGAACGAGCCGCCGCCGCGGUUUGUAGGCAGAUUGUUAAGGUUGUUCAGAUUUGUAACUUCAUGGGGGUGUUGCACCGUGAUCUUAAGCCGGAGAAUUUCUUGCUGUCUAGUAAGGAUGAAGGAGCUAUGCUCAAGGCUACUGAUUUCGGGUUGUCGGUAUUUAUAGAAGAAGGCAAGGUGUAUCGUGAUGUGGUGGGCAGUGCUUACUAUGUUGCUCCUGAAGUACUACGGAGAAGGUAUGGGAAGGAAAUAGAUAUUUGGAGUGCAGGAAUUAUGCUGUAUAUUCUACUCAGUGGUGUCCCACCUUUUUGGGCUGAAAAUGAGAAAGGCAUAUUUGAUGCCAUACUGAAAGGAGAAAUUGACUUUGAAAGCGACCCAUGGCCAUCUAUAUCAAAAAGUGCAAAGGACCUGGUCAGGAAGAUGUUGAAUCCAGAUCCAAAGAAGCGAAUCACUUCUGCAGAAGUGCUUGAGCAUCCUUGGAUGAGAGAAGGCGGAGAUGCAUCAGACAAGCCAAUAGAUAGUGCAGUGCUCUCUAGAAUGAAACAAUUUAGGGCAAUGAAUAAGCUAAAGAAGCUAGCUUUAAAGGUUAUCGCAGAAAAUAUGUCCGAAGAGGAUAUUAAAGGUUUUAAAGCUAUGUUUGAUAACAUGGACACAGACAACAGCGGUUCAAUAACCUAUGAUGAACUUAAAAAAGGAUUAGCUGAACUUGGGUCAAAACUUACUGAAACUGAAGUGAAGCAACUUAUGGAAGCUGCUGAUGUUGAUGGAAAUGGGACAAUUGACUAUACGGAAUUUAUCACUGCAACAAUGAAUAGACACAGACUGGAAACAGAUGAAAAUUUAUUAAAAGCAUUUCGAUACUUUGAUAAGGAUAAUAGUGGAUUCAUUACAAUGGAUGAACUGGAAAGUGAGAUGAUGGAAUACGGAAUUGCUGAUGAAAGCAGCAUCAAAGAAAUUCUCUCGGAGGUUGAUACUGAUAAUGAUGGAAAAAUCAACUACGAUGAAUUUUGUGCUAUGAUGAAAAGUGGUACAACAGCACAAGUAAAACUCUUCUAG